AUGGCGCAAUCUGCAGCCGCAAAUAUCGCAAAGCAACAUGCUAAUCGCGGCGGCGUAAAGCGCGUCGUACUAGGCGACCUCUCCUUCCCGACUUGGUAUCAUUCCAUUUAUCCCGAGGAACUGGUCAGUAAAGAUACCGAGAUAUUAUAUGUAUGCCGCUGGUGUUUUCGAUAUACCUGCGACGCUGGAGCCUACGCAAGUCAUGUGAAGCUAUGUGACCGACGCACGACGCCUCCGGGCGAGAAAGUCUAUGAACACGGGGGGUAUGCGGUCUGGGAAAUUGACGGCGAGGACGAUAAAUUAUUUGCACAGAAUCUGUCUCUUUUUGCGAAAUUAUUCCUCGACCAUAAAUCCGUGUUUUUUGAUGUCUCGUCGUUCUUAUAUUACGUUCUCACGUUCACCGACCCCAAGACACCAGACGAUUACUACGUGCUUGGAUACUUCUCUAAGGAGAAAUUGUCCUGGGAUUUGAAUAACCUCGCGUGCAUCCUUAUCUUCCCUCCAUACCAACACAAGAAACUAGGCAAACUUUUAAUGGGCGUGAGCUACAAAUUAAGUGCAUGGGAGUGGGAAGGAGGAUUGAUUGGCGGACCCGAAAGACCGCUCAGUGAACUAGGUCGUCGAAGUUAUACACGGUUUUGGGAAGAGCGCAUGGCACGGUACUUCUUACUUGGCCCUCCCGGCGGAGAUGCAGAUGAGUACGUAACCAUGAAAACAACUACGUCGGGAAAAAAUUUCCCUCCUAGGGAACGGAUGACGGUGCGAGAAAUCGGCCAGGCAACUGGAAUGUUACCGGAAGACGUGAUUACGGCAUUGAAAGGGAUGGGUGUGGUGGAACCAGAGAAGCAACAUACGACAAGAACUACGAGUAAACGUGCUCAAACUACUACUUCAGAUGGUGAGGCAGUCAUCAUCCGCAAAUCGAAUGUCCUAGAGUGGACAAAGAUCCAUAAUGCCGCCCUCCGAGACCCGGUGAGAGAGUAUGGAUUCAUUGGUGAAUGGGCUCCUGAGAAACUCCAAAUGCAAGAAGACCAUUGA